AUGUCGGCGGACAAGACUAGGCAGUCAUCAGGAGCACGUUCGAUCUUCUCCCGAGGGAAGAACAAGGACAAGCGAGCCAACGACGCCGCAAGCCUCGCACCCGACUCAUAUCCAUACGAAAACUCCCGUACAUCAAGACACAAGCGAGAUUCUUCCAGCGUUUCUCUAGAUUUACCGUAUUCACCCGACCCACAGAUCAACCAUUCCGCCGGCGUCCUUACCUCUAUCCCGUACGACGGUUCUCAGACCCCCAUCGCCGUCGAGUAUCUGCCCAAAGGGGACCAAGUCCCUGUGCAUAGAGAUCCCCUGCCGCACCAUCUGAAUAAAGGCGGCGUCGACUUCCACCAGUACCCCUCGUUCGACCCAUCCAGCAUGCCUGCCCGCGAUUAUGGCUCUGCGCCACGGUCUGCGCAGGCCUCACCACAUCUCUCGCCGGGAAAUGGGAGACAGGGCCAGUAUCAGCCAUGGGGGCACCCAAGAGCAAGCACUGCCAGCUCCGCCAAUGGAUCGCGCUAUGAUUCAUACCAGUCUCUAGAUAAUGCGAGCUUAUAUUCAGAUUCCAGAUGGACGUUUCGCUCACUUCAAGCAGCCAACCCAACCGUCUCUUCCCAGAGUUCGCACCUCUCUCCCCGAGACAACACCUCCCACUUUUCACCCCGGGAUAACUCCUCACAUUUCUCGCCUCGAGACAACUCCUCCCACUUCUCACCUCGGGUCGAUAAUUCGGCUCACUUCUCACCCCGGGACGCUACUCACCGCUUUACAAAACUGCCGGCCUCCUCGGGCUCCCACGAUGGCUUCCACUUCCCAAAGCCCGACGACGAUAGUGUGGUGGAUGAGAUGUUCCUGCAGCUCAUGCAGAAGCGAGGAUGGCACAACCUCCCGGAACAGGCCAGAAGGCAAAUGGUGGCCUACCCUUCCCAGAAGAAGUGGAUGUUGCUGCACCAGGACCGCCUGACUGAGUGGCAAGGGGAACAGAAGCGCAGACAAUCAGCACGGCCAAAUCAAUACGCAACUCCUGAUAUUACCACCUACUCUGACGAAGAGGGGACUCCCGAGUUCUAUGUGAGAAGGGUAAUGGAAGACAAGCUGGACUCGAAGGGUAUGGGAAGUUUGGAGGUUAACUUGCGUACACAACAAAUCGGCUGGGUCAAGCGGUUCGUGGAAUGUCAGGGUCAGGUUGCUUUGGUGACCCUUCUCCUCAAAUUGAACCGAAAGACAUCAUUCGGACCAGCGCAGGACAACCACAGGGUCGACAAGAAUCACGAGAAGGAAUAUGAUAUUAUCAAAUGUCUCAAGGCGUUGAUGAACAACAAGUUCGGCGCCGACAAUGCCCUGGCACAUCAAAAAGUUCUGGCGGCCCUGGGGACCUCCUUGAUUUCGGCUCGUCUUUCAACACGUAAACUCUCAAGCGAAAUCCUCACUUUCCUCUGCACAUGGGGUAAUAAUGGGGAUGGCCACUUGAAAGUCAUCCAGGCCCUCGACGAAGUCAAAGCUCAGUCUGGCGAGAAUGGCCGAUUUGAUUCUUGGAUGCGUCUUGUUGAGGUUACGCUCGAUGGCCGAGGCAAGAUGGGUAGCCUGGUUGGCGCAAGUGAGGAGCUCAGAACGGGUGGUACUGGAAUGGAGAACCUGCUCAUGGAAUACGCUCUGGCGACACUGAUUUUGGUCAACAUGUUGGUAGACGCCCCUGAGAGAGAUCUUGAACUGCGAAUCCAUAUCCGGGCGCAGUUUACAGCAUGUGGGAUCAAGCGUAUUUUGAGUAAGAUGGAGGGAUUCCAGUACGACUACCUCGACAAGCAAAUCGAGAGGUAUCGAACAAAUGAAGCUAUCGACUAUGAGGACAUGCUGGAACGAGAGAAUAGCAGCAUCAAGGACAACGUGGAAGGAGAUGUUAAGGACUUGACUGACCCAGUUCAAAUUGCUGAAGCCAUCACUCAUCGACUGCAUGGAAGCAAGACGAACGACUACUUUGUGUCUGCUUUGCAGCAUCUCUUGCUGAUGCGUGCGCACGAUGGCGAGGAACGAUUACGGAUGUUCCAGCUGGUGGACUCAAUGCUCAGCUAUGUAGCGAUGGACCGCAGGUUGCCGAACAUGGAUUUGAAGCAGAGUCUGAAUUUCACCGUCCAGAGCUUGCUAGAUAAGCUCCACACAGACUCCGAGGCCCGGCAGGCUCAGGAUGAAGCUCUCGAAUCGAGGCAGAUCGCUGAAGCCGCCAUGGCGGAGAGGGACGAGAUGCGAGCCCAGGUUGAGCUAGGCGCUGAUGGGUUGGUUGCAAAGUUACAGAAGAAAUUGGACGAACAAACUCGCUUUAUCGAAGCCCAAAGAAGGCAAGCCGAAGGCUUGAAAGCGGAAUUGGAAAAUGUCCAAACUGUCCGAGCAAAGGAAGCACAACGAAAUGAACUUGAGACCCGAGAACUAUAUCUCAUGCUUAGAGAUGCUCAGGAUGUUGCCGCCUCCAAUGCUAUGAAGGGCAAUGCAAAGGUCACUCCUCAAGACGCGUCCCAUAUGCAAGGCAUCCUUGAUCGGGAGCGCCUCAUGGAGCGUCUCCAGAUGCAGAUCGAGCGCCAGAAGACCCAGUACAAGUUGGAAGGAAGAGUAUGGGGCGAAGCUGCAGGCCCGUCUGAUCGUCUUCGUGCGUUACGUGAGGAGAUGGAAGACAAUGUCGACCCAGAAGCACCCGGGACGCCACCAGGCCGUGGCGGUGCUCCUCGAGACUUGACAAAUAGCGUACUGGGAAGUAUCAGCCGUCACACCAGAAUCCCGAGGAAGCCUAUCAAGAAGGACACAAUUCCUGAGGACCCUGUUGCGGAUGCCCAGCAGAAGCAGGCGCUCUUCAACGAACUGGGCUCCAAGGUGUCGAAGUUUGAUGCCGACACGGACGAGGAGGAGAGCGAGGAGGAUACUGCCGAAGCCGAAGAAACCCAAGAAACCAAGGCAGAAACUCCAGCAGCCGAAAUCCCGGCAGCCGCACCUCCGCCACCUCCGCCGCCGCCGCCUCCACCUCCGGGCCAGAUACCGGGUGCCCCCCCUCCUCCUCCUCCCCCUCCACCACCUCCCUUACCUGGAGCCGUUGGGCCACCACCUCCCCCUCCUCCCCCUCCAUUACCUGGAACCGCUGGCCCGCCGCCGCCUCCUCCGCCGCCCCCUUUGCCUGGUGCUGGAGGUAUGCCACCGCCUCCUCCACCACCGCCAAUGCCUGGUGCUGGAGGCAUGCCCCCUCCCCCUCCCCCAAUGCCUGGAGCCAAAACUUCUGGGAACUUCUUGGCCCAGAAGCAAGCCUUCACUCCCUCGCCUGGAAUUGGCCUACCUGUUGCACGGCCUAAGAAGAAGCUCAAGGCAUUGCAUUGGGACAAAGUUGAUACCCCUGAGACCAGUCACUGGGCUGCUCAUACACCAUCUGCUGAAGAGCGAGAGGAGAAGUACAAUGAACUCAGCCGAAAGGGUAUUUUAGAUGAAGUCGAGAAGCUCUUCAUGGCCAAAGAGAUCAAGAAAAUCGGUGGUGGUGCAGCCAAGAAGGAUGAUAAGAAGCAAAUCAUCUCCACUGACUUGCGGAAGGCUUUCGAAAUCGCCCUGGCCAAAUUUUCUCAAUAUUCUGUUGAAAAGGUUUCCCAAAUGAUCAUUCAUUGUGACGUGGAAGUGCUCGACAACCCGGUCGUGAUGGACUUUUUGCAGAAGGAUGAUCUGUGUAACAUUGCCGAUAGCACAUCGAAACAGAUGGCGCCCUAUAGCAAAGACUGGACUGGGCCGAAUGCCGAGGCCCAAGCUCGUGAAUCCGACCCGGCCGAGUUAACACGCCAAGAUCAGAUCUACCUUUACACAGCGUUUGAACUUCACCAUUAUUGGAAGAGCAGGAUGAGGGCUUUGGAUUUGACGAGAACGUUUGAGUCUGACUACGAUGAACUCUCUGAGAAGAUUCGCCAGAUCAUGAACGUGUCUGAAGCCUUACGUGAUUCAGUAUCACUGAUGAACGUUCUUGGUCUCAUUCUUGAUAUCGGCAAUUACAUGAAUGACGCCAACAAGCAAGCUCGUGGUUUCAAGCUCAGCUCUCUCGCUAGGCUGGGCAUGGUCAAGGAUGACAAAAAUGAGUCUUCCUUGGCGGAUUUAGUCGAGCGUAUCGUGCGGAAUCAAUACCCGGAAUGGGAGGGAUUUGCCGAUGAUAUCACCGGUGUUAUCAGUGUUCAGAAGAUCAACGUCGAGCAGCUCCAGACUGAUGCAAGGAAGUACAUUUCGAAUGUCAAGAAUGUGCAGAUGUCACUGGACUCUGGCAACUUGAGUGAUCCUAAAAAGUUCCACCCUCAAGAUCGUGUCAAUCAGAUUGUGCAGCGCAGCAUGAAAGAAGCAAGGAGAAAAGCAGAGCAGAUGGAUCUCUAUCUGGACGAAAUGCUGCGCACGUACAAGGAUAUCAUGACCUUCUAUGGUGAGGACCCAACGGAUGAGAAUGCCAGGAGAGACUUCUUCGCCAAGCUUGCCUCAUUCUUGGGCGAGUGGAAGAAGUCCAGGGAGAAGAACGUGAACCUGGAGGAAGUUAGGAAGCGUAACGAGGCUUCAAUGAAGCGCAAACAUGCACAGAUGAAGGCCAACGCAGCUGCCUCGCCAGAAAUCGGGCCAGCUUCGCCUACAAGUGCUGGUGCUAUGGACUCCCUUCUGGAGAAACUUCGUGCGGCUGCACCCCAAGCUAGAGAUCAACGCGACCGAAGGCGUCGCGCACGCCUCAAGGACCGCCACCAAGUCCGGGUUGCCUCUGGGCAGAAAAUCCCCGAUCUUAAUGAGAUCCCAGAAGUGGAAGCCGAUCUGAAGGGCAAGGAGAAACCGAUCAACGAGGAGGAAGGAGGCUCUCGUGACGGUGAGGACGAUGUCGCUGACAGGGCCGCGGCCAUGUUGCAAGGUAUGCGAAGCGGCGAUGGUGCGGAGGAGGAGGAUCCCACCAAGAGGGAGAGUCUACGAAAGGCAAGGAGACAAACAGCGGAGGAAGAGCGACGGCUAAGGAGGAGGAGGAGGGAAAAGGCUUCGUCGGGACAAAGUGAGGAGGUCCCAGAUGAUAACAAGGCGGAGGGCGAUGAGACUCCGUCGACAGAACCCGGCCCCGAAGAGCAAAAAGAAUAG